UUACCCCUUUGGGUGACGCUGAGUGGGACCCGCGCGGGGCCCGACCGGGGAUCUCUGUCUCUCUGUGGUUCCUCUGGAAACCCGGUGUGCAUCGCUCUGGAGGCCAUGGCGCGGCAGUGGGGGCCCUCCAUUAGGGCGGCCGAGAAAGCGGGUUGCGUGGUGAGCGCCUCCCGGGCCGGGCAGGCCGAGGCGGACUCGUGGAGCUGCAGCGGAGUGAUCCUGAGCCGCGGCCCGGACCUGGUUCUCUGCCACGGGGGCAUCUUCACCCCCUUCCUGCGGGCCGGGAGCGCGGCGCUGACCGCGGCCGGCGCCUCCUUCCUGCCCAGCGACAGUUGCGAUGACGACCUGCGCCUGCACGUGCAGUGGGGUCCGGCAGCCGCGAGCCCCGCAGGCCGCGCGGAGAGGGCCCGUCCCGGCUUGUGCACGCCCCAGUGCGCCGGCCCGGAGCCCGACCCGCCGGCCCGACCCCGCGGGCGGCUCCUACAACCCCCGAGGCCCGCCGAGCUGCUACUGCUGCUGAGCUGCCCGGCCUUCCGAGCCCACUUCGCGCGCCUCUUCGGGGGCGAGGCGGCCGAGCAGUGGCGCUUCGCGAACGCGGCGCCGGACGACGAGGUGUCGGAGGAGGAGGAGGAGGACCAGCUGAGAGCGCUGGGAUGGUUCGCGCUGCUGCGCGUGCGGCCCGAGCCGGAGGAAGAGGAGGAGGCGGCGGCGGAGGAGGAGGGCGGGCCGGCCGUGGGCGUGGCGCCUCUCGGGGCCGUGCCCAAGGGCGCGCCGCUGCUGGCCUGCGGCUCCCCGUUCGGGGCCUUCUGCCCGGACAUCUUCCUCAACACGCUCAGCCGCGGCGUGCUCAGCAACGCCACCGGCCCGCUGCUGCUCACCGACGCGCGCUGCCUGCCGGGCACCGAGGGCGGCGGCGUGUUCGCGGCAAGGCCCGCGGGGGCGCUCGUGGCGCUGGUGGCCGCGCCCCUCUGCUGGAAAGCCCGCGAGUGGGUGGGCCUCACGCUGCUCUGCGCCGCCGCCCCUCUCCUGCGCGCCGCCCGAGCCGCACUCGGCCGCUUGGGUCCCGGCCCCCGCGCCCUGGCCGCCUUCCUGCCGAAGGAGAUGGGCGCGCCGUGGGGCCUGCCUCUCCGAGACCCCGGUCCCCCGUGGGCGGCUGCGGCCGUGCUGGUGGAGUGCGGCACCGUCUGGGGCUCCGGAGUGGCCGUGGCGCCCCGCCUCGUGGUGACCUGCCGACAUGUGGCCCCUCGGGAGGCGUCCAGGGUCCUCGUGCGCGCCUCGCCCCCUAAGAGUGCCACAAUCUGGGGACGUGUGGUGUUUGCCACCCAGGAGACCUGUCCCUAUGACGUAGCACUAGUGAGCCUGGAGGAGGACCUACAUGAUGUCCCCCUGCCAGUACUGGCUGAGCAUUUCCAAGAAGGAGAAGCUGUCAGCGUGGUGGGCUUUGGCAUCUUCGGCCAGGCUUGUGGGCCCUCGGUGACCUCAGGCAUCCUGUCCGCUGUGGUGCGGGUGGACGGCAGACCGGUGAUGCUCCAGACCACCUGUGCCGUGCAUGGCGGCUCCAGCGGGGGACCCCUCUUCUCCACCCGCACAGGAGACCUCCUGGGCAUCGUGGCCAGCAACACCAGGGACAAUAACACGGGGGCCACCUAUCCUCACCUGAACUUCAGCAUUCCCGUCUCGGUGCUGCAGCCGGCCCUGUGGCGGUACAGGCAGACGGGGUACCUGGAUGGCCUCCGCCAGCUGGACGGCGCCACAGAGCCUGUGAAGGUGGUGUGGCGGCUACAGAGGCCCCUGACUGAGGCCCCGCGGAGCAAGCUGUGAGGCAGCGUCGGGCCUCUGGAGAGAAGAGCCCCUGUUUUACACCACAGCGAGCAGCGGCCUUGGGAUGAGGACAGGGUGCACC